UACUGGUGUUAGUCCCAACUGACCUAAGCGACAUCGAGCUAGACGCGUCACUAUCACCAAGUACCCAUCAUAUCCGUCUUGGGGACUGGAGUCUGAGUGGAGAGUCAUGAGUUGCAGAGAGCUACCGCCUACAGGGUGAAGAAGAGCAGCUGUUAGUGUUAGUGUUAGUACCCUAGCGAUCCAGGGGGUGUUGUUUUGUCAGGCGAAUCGUCACCGACCGAGCUGCGAGUCAGGCUACAGAGUACAGUACAUUUUUAGACAAACUAAUUAUUACUUCUUGCUGCCGCUAGAACCGGUACCUAUGUGACCCACGCAUUGCAUGAACCGUUACUGAUGAAGUGUUGAUCGUUCGGAACCACAGUCUCUCUCUCUCUCUCUCUCUCUCUCUCUGGCCGGCUGUGGACUGACUAUCUGUGGUGAGUGAACCUGCAACGAGAGUGUGGACUGGUUUGGAGUUGGUGCUGAUCAAGAGAGCUGAGACUCGUGAGAGAGAGAUCUUCGCUGCAGCACACAGUGCUCUGCGGUAUACCGGUAGUGUGAAGCGGAUCGUACCAUCCCACGUCGAGCUGGACCGUGAUUCACGAGCAGAAGUAUUAGUAUUAUUAUAAAGUCAUUGUGACGGUGUAGUUUAGAUGCCUUCAACGACGUAGUAUCGAUACGUCUAGUCGCCUUAUCUGGCUUCUGCAAAGCAACGCUUCAUUGAUUUCAAUUGAAGACGGAAAGAACGGGCCUACAGCGGACAUGGCCCUGAUUGGGAGUUGACUGACGAUCGUACGAGUGACAUGUGAGCGCUGAUGAAUGUGAUGAUUUGGUGUCUGGGUUAUUGCCCUCACUGACUACCGAACAUAAUUUAUUUUAACCCCAGCCCAUCCAACUCAACUCAGUGGUCACAGCAAUGAAGUGAUGCGUCGUUAGCCACAGUGACUUGGGUCGCUAUCGCUUUACAGAUAGCAGAGGGCACGGUAUAUACAGCCUGGCAGCUGGUCUCACGAAGUCAGUGAAUGCAGACUCAGACUUUGAGUCUGAGUAACAACUCAACUACUUUCUACCUACUAACCCUGCACUGAUAUGAAGUCCGCAUCAGAGCUAGAUCUGGACUCGGCUUUGGAGGACAGUGAUGCGUUUGUACAGCUCCUUCGAGACACCACGUUUGUUGACUACUUGAAUGCAUACCUUGCAAACCCUGCCACUGGCGUGCACUUGUUUUUCAACGCAAGGACAAAUGCAUUUGAAGAACUCCUGUCGACGGCAAGGGGCACUGCAUUCGAUGCGAAGUUCCAAAGGCCCGCAUCGAAGCCAGGUCUACGUCGGGCUGAUGGCCCUGACAAGUCUGGAGAUGAAGGUGUUGGCCCCAGGGCAGCAUCUAGUGCCAGGUGGACCAAGACACGCAAACAGCAGGUGAAGCCAGUAGCCGUGUCGGGUCUUGUGGACGUCAGAAAAACUCGACGAUCCUUGUCGAGACAGGGUUACGCAGAGGAUGUGGACACAGAGGUACCGCAGCCACCAGCAGACUUUGUCACCGAGGAAACGUUCCUUGGGAGUUUGCAGGUGGUUGAAGGAAUGGAGUAUGUGCGGCAGAACCGCCUACCCGGCUUCCAGAAGAGCACCGAGUUCAUCCAGUACCUGCUCUGCAAGAUUCUGACAGCGAGCAAGACGCCACAGAUCAGCAAUACAGCACAGAGAGCACUACCAGCUAAGGCCAGGAAGACAGCAACGCCGUUGGACCAGGAGACUGCAUUCACUAGCCGUGACCUAUCCGACCCUCGUCUGCGCAAAGACCUGCUGUCCGCAUUUCAAGCUAGUGAAAUGGACCCCGGCCGCGUCGACCCUGACUUGGCUCAAAGAAGCAGAUAUGCCUUUAGCCGUGCUCAGCUGGACAACGUCCGUAGCAUGAAGGCGUUUGCGGACUUCCUGAAGGACACCAACGGAUUUGUGUGCUGGGAGUUUUGGAUCAAGGCUCAGAGAGCUUUUGCAGUUGAUGACGAGCAGCACCGAGGCAGGAUGCUGGACGACCUGAAAAUGUGCUGCAUUCGGACGGACGCUGUGCGCACCGUGUUGACAUUGCCACUGCAUGCCACUGAGCUACUGCGCAGCUGCGGCACGCGCGCCGACCUCAGCAGUGUGAUCAGAUUCCUGCAAGAGGUCAUGGCGUGUAACCUCUACAGCUACUGGAUUCCACGCUAUCUUCUUCAUUUAUACCGGGAGAUGGUGAGCUGCGAGAAUGCAGCACUGCCGACGGUGAAACUCAGCUUAAACAGAGGAGACAGCCUGCUGCGUUCCGAGACAGCCUCGCCAUUCACGGAAACUCAGUACCGGUUUGAAGACUACAGUGGCGCUAGGACAAUCAGCUCGUUCUCCUCCUCCAGACCGGGGGCAUCCCGGACUGAAAGCAAUGGUGCAAGGCCAUCAGCUGGAAAUUGGGAGGAAAGGGAGUGGACAGGGUCCACAUCCAGUGCAGCAUCGUCAGCAGAUCAGAGCUAUGGCGCCUCUUCUGUCAUGGCUUCAACCGAACACCGUGAAGUGGAUGUGUCAGCAGUACGGGGACUGGUGGGGGGGACUGUGCGUGCAAAGCUGUUAUCUGCCCUGGAAAGUGAUUUGAACCUGACAGAUGAGUACCUCAUUCCCAGACUUGAGAGUGCAACAGAAGAUGGUGAUGAUCAGCCGUCGGCGACUAGCCUUGUGUGGUUAUGGCGUGACAUCCAAGCGUUCAACAGCACAUUCGAACGCGCCCACUUCAAAGCCACUGAAGCAAAGGCACAGGCACAGCUCAUAGCGUCCAAGUACAUACUUCCGAAUGCGCCUCACCACAUCCCCUUUAGCGACCAAGUCGUCAGAUUGUUCUGCUCCGAGAUGAGCAUGCCGCUGGAGAUGCUGUUCGACGAAGUGGAAGAGGAGCUGCUAGUGUGGCUGGAGGAGUGUUAUGCUGCCCUGCUGCAGAAAGAUGAGACUGCACUGAGAGCGAGUGUUGGACACGAGAAAUCAAUCACAUUUGCCGACAGCCAUCCUUCGAGUAGUUCAGGCGCCAAGGAUGGUGAUCCACUGGAUGGCAAGGGGAGCACGAAGACAAAUGCGCAAGCAUCAGAGCCAGUUUGCACGGAGAUGACAUUCGAAGAUAUCAUUCGCCACCGACAGAUCUUCUCCAAGUUCCAGGCAUUCCUGAAUGAACGGCCUCUAGGUAGUUACGAUUUCAUGUGCUGGUCAAGUCUUCAAAGCUACCGCCACACGCAGGACGAGAGGAAGAAGGCACACUAUGCAAAGUUGAUCCGUAACAAUUAUUUGACACAAGACUAUUUCUACGAUCUGAAGAAGAGCCCGGCAACCAAGCAACAACUAGAACAGCUCGCGGCCGUUGCGGAUUAUAAACGCCGGAAUCUAGUCGGCCCACGUCCGAGUAAAGAUGUCCUGUACUACGUCGAAUCGAUUGUACUCCAGCGAUUGCAACAUUACUGGAUACCAAGGUUUACAAACACAGAGGCCUACAAGCGCAUAACACAUCAGUACCCAGGUGCCAUGGACUACAAAAAGCAAGGCAAGCCUGGCAGAAAGGGGCAGAAGGAGGAGAAGCAAAAGGACAACCAACAGAAAGAGACUGUAAAUCAGAAGCAGGCACAGCACAUGCGUGACGUGGCGCUGUUUCGCAAGUCACUCAAGGACCGGCGGCGGGCCCAAGAGUUUCUGGAGUUUCUGCAGAUCCGCGGCGGCAAGAUGGAGAAGAACUUGGUCUUCUGGAUCGAAGUGCAACGAUUCAAACUGCUGUGCCAUCAUCACGCAUCCAAGGCACUGAUGUGCUCCAAGGCGCACGCCAUUGUCAACUGCUUCCUGAACUCCUGCUUUCCGCCGACAGUAGCCGUUUCCGUCAGCGAAGAGGCUGCCGAGUGUCUGACCACCCGAGCAGCCUCUGAGCGGUGGAUUGGGCCAUACAUGUUCCAAUCUGUGCAGCUUGAGGUAUUUGACGUUCUAUUUCCGGAAUGGAUUGCGUUUACGACUUGGCGAUCGAAUCACUAUAAAGAAAACCCGGAUAGCCCGCUGCCGUUUUCCGAGAUGCAGCGUGAGAAGACGCAUCGCCAGGAAGAAGCCAGGAAGUUGGCCGCACAGCACAUGCAGGAAGAGCGUGAUAAGGAAAGGCAGGCCGAGGCCAAGAGCCACAGGAUCAUCAUCCUGGAUGAUGAUCAGAAGGCGAAAGAGGAUGCUAAGCCUGCCGCGUUCCGGUAUUCAGAGUAUCUACAGGAACAGGAGCGCGUGAAGCAGGAAGAGUUACUCAGGCAGCAGCAGAUGGCAGAACAGGAGGACAGGCACCCCACACCGCCCACGCUGAUGCACAACUCCAGCCGAAAGCAUGGCUCUCACAUGCCCUCGUCCAGGUCAGAGGGAAACCUCGCCGCAGUACCAACCGCAAGAACACUGCCGGCCGUAAACACAAGGUCAUUGAGCGUCUCCCACACUGGACUUAGAGCAGCGCCUGCAGGAGCUGCACACAGCAGAGCGGUGGCAAAGAAACCGGCUGCUAUGCCCGUAGAGACACUAGCUGCUGCAUGGAGUAGUGCCGCUAGCAGAAAGCCAGCUGCCGGAACCUUGCGACAGUAUCGCCACCGCCGUGUUCAGUCCGACAAGGGUAGGUCGCUAGGAAUGCCAGCAACAGUGUUUCUACCCGUAGACCAGUCACUCACGCAGCCUGACGGCAGUGCAUUGAGUCGAGUUAGAGACAGCAGCGGCUGGCGAAAGCCACUGUUCAUGCGCAAACAUGCACGGAGUUUGUCUGCAACUCCAGCUUCAUCGAUCUCCUGGAGUGGUCAGUUAGAUAUGCGGCAACCUGUAGCAAAUCGAUUCCCCCUGGGCCUCCGAGAGGGCACAACAAAACGGAUGUGGCUAGCAUCGCAGUCUCACGAAGUGACUGAGCCACAUGCCGACUCUAGAGAACUGUCAUACCCGAUGCGCAUCGAUGUCUGCUCUUUGGACAAGUCCAGGGCGGACAUGGGGAAUCUCUCCUGUCCGGCACCUCAUUUUGAUGAUGAAGAAGACUGUUGGUUUGAGAACACCGGUGGGAACUUUGUGGAAACUCUCGCCACGACAAUGACCUCGCGGAAUGGCCAGAAAAACGAAAGAUACGCGGCCGCGUGGAACAGAUGAAGACGAAAUGUGAACAUUUGCCGACAUGUACAUGUAUAGCAGCUUAGUGCAAUGCUGUACUGUGUACUGUGUACUGUGCACUGUGCACUGUGCACUGUGCACUGUGUACUGUGUACUGUGCACUGUGCACUGUGUACUGUGUACUGUGCACUGUGUACUGUGCACUGUGCACUGUGCACUGUGUACUGUGCAAUGCUGUACUGUAACUGUAUGCAUUCUUUAAAAGUAUACAGACACAAACAUGUUACCAGCAGAGUUGCUUGUCACUCAUCUGCAUAAUUAUAACAAUUCCAACAGACUGGCUGGAAGUCACAGCUAACGUUACAGUCAAGAUCUACACGUACUAAGUGCUAUAUCCUCCACCACCAUUCCAUAAUAAGUUAUUGACAUCAAAACUGCUAACACCGGAUUUCGGUAAUUUCAUUUUUGGUACAUUUUGAAAAGAUUUUGACAAUAUUGCUGAUGCCCUGGUAAACCCUUAACCCGAUAAUUGUGGACGAUCAUUUUUUAGAUUGCAAAACUUUGGACAUCAGUGAUAUCCUAACCCAUUAGUAUGCAGCCAUGGGUUCAACUAUCUCUUAUUGGCGAUGGUGACAUCGUGAGAAUAAAGAAUUCAAACAGGCUAAAUAUCUCAA